UUUCUUCUUCAUUCAAAUUGGCGGUGGAUUAUUUUCUUUUAUUAUUUGAUUUCUGUAUUUUUUUUUUUCAAAUGAAAGUAAAAAACGAACUUCCGAAUUACAAAUAAAAAAAAAGCGAGAAAAAAUUAUCAAUUUAUAUGAGUAAAUUAGAAAUUGAUAUAUAGCUAAGAUCUAUUACUUAUAAUAGAGCUUAGGCUUGAUAGAAAGAUUAUUAUUAUAUAUAGUUGAUAAAUGAGAUGAAACUGAGUUCAUUAAAGAUGAAAAAUGGCAAAAAAGAAAGCAUUCAUUCCCCUUCUAUGUCUUACAUCUAUAGUCUUUUUGCCCUGGUGCAUCUCUUUUACAUUUAAGAAUAGUUUUGAAUCUUGGAUUAUUAAUUGGUGGAAUACGAAACAAUCCGAAAUUUUCGUGAAUAUCAUUCAAGAAAAAAGUAUUUUAAAGAAAUUCAUAGAGUUCGAGGAACUCUUCCUCUUGGAUGAAAUGCUAAAGGAAUACCCGGAAACACCUUUACAAAACCUUCGUAUCGAAAUCUACAAAGAAAUCAUCCAAUUGAUCAAGACGCACAACCAAGAUCGUAUCCAUACAAUUUUUCAUUUUUUUACAAAUUUCAUCUGUUUGCUUAUUCUAAGUGGUUAUUCUAUUAGGGGUAAUCAAGAAAUCAUAAUUCUUAACUCUUGGGUUCAAGAAUUUUUAUAUAACUUAAGUGACACAAUAAAAGCUUUUUCUAUUCUUUUAUUAACAGAUUUAUGUAUAGGAUUCCACUCGACUCAUGGUUGGGAACUAAUGAUUGGGUCAGUCUAUAAAGAUUUUGGAUUUACUCAGAAUGAUCAAAUUAUAUCCGGUCUUCUUUCUACCUUUCCAGUCAUUUUAGAUACUUUUUUAAAAUACUGGAUUUUCCGUUAUUUAAAUCGCGUAUCUCCGUCGCUUGUAGUGAUUUAUCAUUCCAUGAAUGACUGAAAAAAUGAUUCACUGAUCCAAUUAUAAAGUUUCUUUUGUUAUAGAAAAGCUAAACAUUCCAAAAUUGACUUUUUCUUUUUCGUUCUACUCGUAUUCUUCCUAUAUUCUAGGAAAAUAAUUUAAGUAAAUAGCAGAAUAAUGGAUAGGGAACCAUGCCAGUAACCUACCUAAUCUUAUUGUAGAAAUUUUCAGGA